AUGUUUUUAAAUACGGACAUACGGAAGUAUGUUCAAGAGAUCAGACGUGCCGCAGCAGGAGUUUCUUGGACAGCAAAACCAGAACUUCCCACAGCGAAUGAAAUUCUCGGGAUUGACGAGAACAAUGGAUGUGCCGAUGGAAGCGUCAGUUUGCUGGCAAACAAAGUCCAAGGCUCAUGGCCAUCAACUGAGAUAUACUUGCGAACACAUUACGGUCUCCUUAGAGAGGAUGCUGUCGCUCCACUGAGGGAUGCCGUGGCCUAUGUGAAGGAAGAUCCACGCAUGAAGGAUUCCACAGAUGUUUGUAUCUAUGAAAAGGUAUACAUUGUAGGAUUAACUUGUGCAGAUGCGGGAGUGGCUGUGAAACUUCAGUUCUCGACAGCUCGCGCGGGAAAGAAUAUCGUCUGGGAAUACUCUCCCAGGCUAACCACGGGCAACAUUGUCGCACUUACCCCGGCAAAUGACAUGUUCAAAUCCAAGUGUAUUGUCGCUGUCGUUGCUGCUAGGCCUCUGGAAGAACUAAAAAAAAAUCCUUCCGAAAUAGAUAUAUUCUACGCACAAGCUGAUGAGGCGGAGUUUGAUCCACAGAAGGAGUUUGUUAUGGUAGAAGCAAGGAGCGGCUAUUACGAAGCAGCCCGACAUACCUUGGCUGCACUACAAAAAAUGGCGAGAGACGGAAGUUUUCCAUUUUCAGAAUAUUUGUGUGGGCUUCAGCCUACAAUAGAUCCUCCAGAGUACAUCAAGUUGAAUCCUUUUGUCGAUGUGUCAUCUGCAAUGACCGAAGGAGAUUGUGCGAAAAUAGACGUCCUCAGCAGCUGGCCACCGCCGCCCAAAUCUUUGGAUUCGUCUCAAUGGGCUGCACUACGUCAAAUUCUCACAAAAGAGCUGGCUAUAAUACAGGGUCCGCCCGGGACUGGUAAAACCCAUGUCUCUACCAUUGCAUUGAAAUCGCUACUAUCAACACUUCCAUGUACCGAUCCUCCAAUUAUCAUCGCAGCUCAAACGAAUCACGCGCUUGACCAGUUACUUCGUCAUGUUUCACAGUUUGAAGACAAUUACGUGCGAAUUGGCGGAAGAAGCACGGACGUGGAUAUCAAGAAGCGGACGAUAUUUGAGUUACGGAAAACCAUUUCUCUUCCAGUGAUUCCAGGUGGAUUAUCCGGACCCUCUAGAAAGCAUAUACGGAGACUUUCAGAAGAUAUCUUAGAGCUUCUAGCACCAUUUUCUCCGGAAAAUUCUUGGUCGCCAUUGCCUGCGUCAGUGUUUCUCAAACUGAACCUCAUUAACCAAUCGCAGUACGAUUCUUUAGUGAGUGGUGCCGAGGGUUGGGUUCACGCAGGCGACCAAUUAGAACCUCUCGCUGCCUGGCUUGGAGACAGCAAAGUUAAGUUUGAAGUUGUAUACAAAGAGAACAAUUUUGGUUUUAUUGAAGAUGAAAUCGACCUUGAAUAUGAGCAGCUUAAGGAACUCGAGCUUGAACAGGGCCUUAAUGAGGAAGACUCAGAAAGCCUGAGAGGACCUUAUAUGUCACUGGGGGAGCGGUUUAAGGGGAGGGGACACCUUCCAACACAUGCUUUGUCGUGUGGUCGACAAGUUUUAGAGCAUGAGGAUCUCUGGAAAAUUCCUCCGACUGCCCGUGGUGGCAUCUAUUCAGCGUUGCAGGCAAUGGCGAAAAAGGCCAUUCUAGACUCCCUUCGGUCUUUGGUGAAGAGGUACAAUCAUACUGCCCGAAACCUCCAAACUGGGAGAUGGGAACAGAACUGCAGCAUACUCCAAUCUGCGAGGGUGAUUGGCAUGACAACAACAGGCCUCAGCAAAUAUCGCGCACUUAUUUCAAGCAUUAAGCCAAAGAUAAUCCUGGUUGAAGAGGCAGCUGAAGUAAUAGAAGCUCCAAUUGCUGCCGCCUGUAUAAAAUCUUUGGAGCAUUUGAUUCUAGUUGGUGACCACAAACAGCUUCAGGGAAGUUGUGCUGUCAAAGAGCUAGAAGAUGAGCCGUUCUUCCUCAAAAUCUCACUGUUCGAACGCCUUGUUCAUAAUGGGGUUGAAUUCAAAUCUUUAACCAAACAGCGCCGAAUGCCCGCUGAGAUCCGAAGAGUUCUUGCCCCGAUAUAUGAUAAUCUAGAUGAUCACCCGUCUGUGAAUGAUAAACCGGAAGUUCCUGGCAUGGGUGGCAUCAAUUCGUUCUUUUACUGCCAUGGAUGGCCCGAAUCUUCCGAUAGCCUGCUCUCCAAAUAUAACUACAACGAGGCACAGAUGAUUGUUGGCUUUUUCCUCUAUCUCCACCUCAACAAAGUCCCGGUGGAGGACAUCACAAUAUUAACCUUCUACAACGGGCAACGAAAGAAAAUUCUUAAAGGCUUGAGAGACAAUCCUUUGCUCCAGGGGCAAUAUCUCAAAGUAUCCACAGUAGACUCGUAUCAGGGGGAAGAAAACGAGAUUGUCAUUUUGUCACUGGUUAGGAGCAACGAGAAUACUGGAAACGUCGGCUUUCUUUCUAUUGAAAACAGAGUGUGCGUGGCGCUAUCUCGCGCAAAACGGGGAUUUUAUAUUUUCGGAAACGCUGAGUUCCUGGCCCUAGCGAGCCCACUGUGGUGGGAAGUUGUUCAGAUCGUCAGUUGUGGCCCCAAGAGGAUUGGAUACCAUGUUCCCCUGACCUGUGACAAUCACCAAACCAGAACCUAUCUCAAGGAGCCAGGAGAAUGGUCAUCGACGGACGGAGCAUACCGCAUUCGCAAGUUAAAUGUCUACAAUCAUGCCUUCAGCAUCUUCCAUGCGGGCAUCCAUGUGUCGGAAUUUGUCAACUUCCUUGUAAAUGCCACUGGUGGCCGUACCCGUUCUCGUAUCCGCACUCAAAGCCCUAGAGAACAGGCCAACGUCCUCCAGGACUAUAAUGAGCAUGUCAACGGCGGUGCCGAAAAGGACGACACACAACUUGCUUCAGAGACAGAGCUACUCGAGAUAAGAGAGCAUGUCAAUGAGAGAGCGCGUCCUGACUUGCUUUUGGACGGUGUCGACGAUAAUAACUACCGUAUUUCGCUGGGGGAUCCAUUCGGGUCGCCUUCGGCAGUGGAACCCAGGUUAAGGACUCACAAUCACCACAACCUAUCUGAGAAAAAUUAG